AUGAAAGUGAAUAUCACAAAUAACGGCGUGAUCAAUGUGUUCUGCAACUCGUGUACAACACCACCUCCAAAACAAAAACAAACACCCCCUUUUCAGCCAAUGUCCCCUUCGUUAUCCUCCAACCAGUCGCAACAAAAAAGGUUACCAGAAAUCGCUGAAAACACCGGGCUAUUUGACGUGCCCUCUUUUGUCCCAAAAGACGACUUUUAUAAGAUGAAAGACUUUGUCGAGACUUUAGACCAAUUUUCAAAGCAAUCAUUUUCUUCACUCAACGCCAAGACUUUACAAGACGUCCUCCCCAUUACAAAUUCAGAGAUCGAAGUUUUGAAGAGGUGGUCCAAAAAAACGGAUUACAAAAUAUUGUAUAGUGCCUCCCGCGAUGGGUUAUCGAGAAAAAGUAUCGUCGCGAAGUGUCAAGGCCACAAGAACACGUUCUUUCUAGUCCAAUUUGAUGACGAAAACGUCGUCGCGUUGUUCUUUGGCGACGCGCUGCCCAAACCGCCAGCCGCCGGGCCCUCUUUUCUUGAUGCGAAGAAUCAUUUUCUUGCUGUUCUCAAACACCCGAAGACUCAACCAUUUCGACUGAAGUGUUUAAAUUGGAAUGAAAAGACGUAUGUAGUUGGUGCAAUUGACGAAUACGUCGACCGUGUUUUCUCCUGUAAAAGUUGUUUACUUCUUAAGCGCGACUAUUAUUAUAUAUUCUCCGACUUAUCGCUGUACACUUGUGUCGAUGAGAAGAUCGAUUUUAAGAAGUUUUUCAAGUCUGGUGGGAUAUUUAGAGAGCUCGUUUGUGUUGAGAUGAUUUGA